AUGUACUUCCAAAAUCUCGACAACGAUGAGGAGGUACAGAUGGGCCGAAUGGGCAGGAGAGAGUCCGCGCUUUACAGAGCGAUGGGCGUACAACCGGCUCAACCCUUGGUCUUGAGCCCUGCGACGUCGCGCCACCAAUCUGAAAAUCGACCCGAGCCAUCACCACCCGCGGAUCCGGCACCCAACGAGAAGCCCGCGCCGCCUGCCGUCAGUGCCCCGCCUAUCAGGGUGUCCCCGCCAAAGUUCAUGCCCUCGCUCAAGAACCGUGCUGUCAAGAUAUAUCCUAGCGAACUACCACAGAACAAACAACAGCCCGCGACUCCUGCUUUCGGCUCUAAGGUAACGCCAAGCGCUCCGACGUGGCCUUCCAAACCUCCUGCUCAUCCCGAACCGACUACAGCAAGGCCGAAAACGAAUGAUGGAAACGCCAAAGUUGCCUCAACAACGGCCCAAAAUCCAUGGACGCGUGCUCCGGUUCCGGCUCCUAUUCCCCAGGAUUUCAUCCGAGUAGAGACCUUGUGCCUGUCGGAGACAAAUGUCGUUGGACCCUGCGUCCCUGAGCGCAAUCAAGAAGCAAAAAACGCGGUCUUGUCGGCGAUGCUCAUCAGAAGAAAUGAAGCGCUGCUGCCGCAAACGUUGAAAGAGGCCCAGGCCGUGGAACUGGAUGACUCGGACGACGACUGGAUCAUC